AUGAGCAGCCCCAAUACGACAAGCGGCAACGAGACAGAAUCCAAACCAUCAGUACCUACAAGACCGACCCCAUAUGUAGCUCCUCCAGCAUCACCGCGGCCAACAGUCAUGCAAAGGUCUCCUACACCUCCUGGUGUUUCUCCUCUUGGAUGGGAAGGCGAUAGAGCCAAAUACGAUGCCGCAUUGAAGGAGAGGAUUAAAUAUGCUGAAGAGAAGUGGGGGCCUGGAUCGACCAGAAAAGUAGAAGGAAAACUACGCCCUCACAGAUGCGCAGAGCACUUGAAAGAUGUGCUUGAAAAAAUGUCUUCAUACCCAUACUAUGAUAUUGGAUACCCAUUCACGAACUUUAUAAAAUGCAUGUGGGCUACACCAGGGACCGAACCACCACCACUAAUGUGGACAUUCUCGGAUGUGCGACCAGAGAAUCUCAUCAAGACUGCAAAGAAUCCGUUGACUGGGAAGGAGGUUAGGCCUGUUACUGAUCAGCCUCCAAAGAAGGAGGGCGAUUCGUAUUCAAAGUGA